UCCAUUACAAAAUCUCAAGCAAUAAUCGGAGCCGAUUUAUGUCGGAAUUGACGAAAGAUAAAAGACGGGGACCUCCGAAAGAAGGACCCGGUAAUGGUAGCAGGGGAAAGAGUAAGCCUAUUAUAGCUGAAGCUGAUUUUGAGGAGUCGGGACAGCGAAAUGUUCGAAAGCGUGGUGUGAGUGCCUCAGUCCGACGACACAAGAAGGGGGCUCCUGCUAUUGAGGGAGCUAGUGAGACGCCAGUCGAUGAUCAGAUACAGGAUGAUCGGAUGGAGGAUGAUGACAUGGAAGACCGCCGGAUAGACGAUGCUGAUUUUGAGACUUCUGAGGACGAGAGUUUAGGACCAAUCGUGAACAUUCGACGGAAAAAGGGGAAAGAUGGACGGUUUAUUGCUGAAACGUCAUCAGAUAAAUAA